CACUGCUGUAGUGUACAGCCCCCCUAUACUGACACAGAGCUGGCUUGCGGCUGCACGAGUCCGCAUCUGGAGAAGAUAGGAAGCUCGUUUUGUCAUCUGGAUAACUCUCUGGACUCCGUCUGUCUCCCGGUUUAUAAGUGCGAGUAGAUCUGACCCGGACUCAGGUGAUGACUCACCUCUGGACUCUCUUGUCAGCCCUGCUGCUGGUUUCAUCUGUGGCCGAACCUCUCAACAGCCGUGAGGAAAAUGAAAAUGAAGUCCUGAAACACACAGAGGGGGAGCUCACUGAGAGCGAGAAUCAGGUGACAGAGAAUGCCAUUGGAAAUCUCAGUGAAACUUCACCAAGCCACACACCUACCACACAAGCUUCCUUGACUACCACAGUUUCCGUGAGCUCCAGUCCUGUUCCUCUGUGUACUGGAAACCAGGUGAUGCUGGAGAACGGCACAGGCUGUGGAUGUCCAUCUGGCAUGGUGAAGAGUGGAGUCAACUGCACCUGCCCUGUGGGCUUCACCCUGGAGGCAGCUGCAGGGUGUAAAGAUGUUGAUGAGUGUGAAGGACAGGGGCCAGGACCAUGUGGUCUCCAUGCCAGCUGCACUAAUACCCCCGGCUCUUACUCAUGUAGCUGUCUCCGUGGUUACCUAACAGGCGCUGGAGGGUGCCAGGAUAUAGACGAGUGUGCUCUGGCUGCAGUGACGGGCCUGCAGGCCUGUCAGGGUAACGCUGAAUGCACAAACACCCCUGGCUCCUUCACCUGCUCGUGCCCUUCAGGAUAUGUAAUGGCUCUAAAUGGACAGAGCUGUGUAGAUGUAGAUGAGUGCAGCUUCGAGGAGCAGUGUCGCCGUGAGCUGGGAAACGUGUGUGUGAAUACUCCCGGCAGCUUUGUGUGCCAGUGCCAACCAGGCUUCAGAGCAGAGGCCCCCGCCUGUGUUGGUCCUGUGUGUCCAGACUACACCGUGUGUCAAGAUGUGGAUGAAUGUGCGGAGAAUCCUGCGGUGUGUGAUGGUCAGGGUGUGUGUGAGAACACGCUUGGGAGCUACAAGUGUGUUUGUCGACCAGGUUACCGGGGAAACGGCACGCACUGUGAAGAUAAGAACGAGUGUGCGUCAGGUGAUCACGGGUGUGACACCAACGCUCGCUGUGGCAACAUCAUUGGCUCGUAUUUCUGUCAGUGCUACCAGGGCUUCAAUGGAGAUGGACACUCAUGUUUUGACAUUGAUGAGUGUGCUGUGAACAACGGCCACUGUGAACAGAACUGCUCCAAUGAACUGGGAGGGUACAGCUGCCGGUGUGCCUCAGGCUACCGGCUGGACCAGGAUGGACACAACUGCACAGAUGUGGAUGAGUGCUUGGCACUGAAUAGGACCUGUGAGCACAUUUGCGUCAACACUGAGGGAUCUUUCCAGUGCUCCUGCAGGCCUGGCUACCAGCUGCACAUUGAUGACCACACCUGUGUGGACAUUGAUGAAUGUAAACUACAGAAUGGCGGCUGCUCUCACACCUGCAGCAACUCUCCAGGAGGACACACUUGCCACUGCCCUCCUCCUCUGCUGCUAGACACAGACAACCUCACCUGCAGCAAUGUUACAUCUUGCAAGCUGAGAAAUGGUGGUUGUGAUCAUAUAUGUACUGUGAGGGCUGAGGGUCACAUCCAUUGUAGCUGUCAAGCAGGCUGGAAGUUGGGCGAGGACCUGAGGAGCUGCGUGGAUGUGAACGAAUGUGGGGACUUCACAAACGGAGGCUGUGAGCAGCUCUGCCUGAACCAUCCUGGUGGGUUUAACUGCUCAUGCAAGAAAGGGUAUCAAGUACAAACAGACGACCUCACCAAGUGCCAGCCUGUGUGUGACCCUCCCUGUCACAACUAUGGCGUGUGUGUGGGCCCAAACAGCUGUGACUGUCCUCCAGGCUACCCCGGACAAGGCUGCUCAGCCAUGUGCUCCCCGCCCUGUGCCCAUGGGGGUACCUGUAUGAGAUGGAACAAGUGUCUCUGUCCUCCCGGCUGGACUGGAGCGGGCUGCCACAAAGCGGUGUGUGAGUUGCCCUGUGCUAAUGGUGGUCGCUGUGUGGGGCCUGAUACCUGCCAGUGUCCCUCAGACUACACCGGCCCCCAGUGCCUUUUGCCCCUGUGCACUCCUGCGUGUCAAAACGGGGGAAGAUGUGCGGACGUCAACAAAUGCACAUGUAUUGGAGGAUGGCAAGGAGCUCGUUGCCAGAUAGAGCCUGUUAAGUGUCAGAUACCUUGUAAGAACGGUGGAGUGUGUGUGGGCCUCAACAGGUGCCGCUGUGCCAAAGGAUUUACAGGAAGUCUCUGUGAAACUGCAGUGACCACCCCCUGUGUGCCGCCCUGCAAACACGGGGCCACCUGCAGUCCUCACAACACUUGCACCUGUCCGGAGGGGACUGCAGGCCUGCGCUGUGAGAGACUGACGUGCCCUGUGGUCACCACGGUGGUCAGUAUGGCUCGAGCCGUAAGAAAGGCAUUUAGGGAGAGUUAUGUUGACCGCUGUGGACCCCUGGGAGUUCAGCUUUGCACUAAAUACAGGAUGAACCAGGCACGUGUGUACCUGCAGGCCUACAGGGUCGGCUACAAAAUCCAGUGUCCAGAGAGGAAGGGGCGAUGAACGAUGUUGUGCAUGCAUGCUCCUUAUCAUUCGGAAACACCACCCAACAGAAAACACACACAAGAAGUGAAAUGAGACAAGCUGUAAAAUUAAAUGUAACUGAGUAAGUGAGAAGGUGUUGCAGUUUCCUUAAAUGAAGACUCUCUGUUGAAAUAAAAAAGGGGUGACUGUAUCAUAAAGGCUGUUUAUUUUCGGACAUAUGUUGAGACUUCUCUUUAAAUAGAAAUAUUCCUUUCUAUGUGAAAUGUGCAAUGGUUUCAUUAUUUGUCGUGUGUGUAUGGCAGCUGAAAGUUAUUAAAUGUUAAUUUUCUUGUCUUUUUACAAAA